AUGGGUAAAUCGCGGGACAGGGACUACGACCGCAACGUUCAGCCCUAUUGGUUCAGACCAGUGGUCGACCGAAACCUCACCCAAUCAGCCAUAUUGAAGGACUGGCCGCUCCAGUUGUACCAAAACAACCGAUUCAAGCAGUGCUCGUAUAUGAUUGGCUUCACCAGAGAUGAGGGUUCACUGGAGUACUACCUUCAGAAGGAAAGGGCGGACAGUCGACAGACUAAUGAGGAAAAGAUUGCUUUCCUUAUCAGGCCUUUCCUUAAGGAGUGGGCCUCUGAGGACAUCAUCGCGUCGGCCAUUAAUUACCAGUACUUUAGCCGUAAUUUCAGUCGUACGGCCACUAAUACACAGUUUGCUAAUGCAUUGCAAAAUACCCGCAAUAAUGGACCCCUAAAUGCUAUUAGGAAUAACCUACCUUACCAAAAUACAGGGUUAAAUAGUUACCAGAAUAAUUAUCAGAAUGGCGGAAUCGAGUACCAGAAUGAUAAGACUUUGGUUGAGCUUUUGGGAGACUUUCUAUACAUCGCGCCGUCCGACUACGUGGCGCGCCUACACUCCCAGGGAGGCGGUAAGGUCUGGCUGUUUGCCUUUGAAUACGAGGGCACUCGUAGUUUCGGACCCAUACAGAAAAACGCACAGCACAUCUCCAAACAAACUUAUGGUGUGUCCCAUAUGGAUGACCUAUUCUACGCCUGGAUCACCGAAUACAUACGCGACAGCCCGGCCGCCGAGAGAUCCCUAUCCAACACAUAUGCCAAACAAUUCUACGUAUUCACCCGAUUGGGACAAAUACCAUCCGGGUAUAUGAGUUUCUACUCGUGGCAACAGUACACCUCUCAUAACCCCUCGUACCUCCAGUAUCAAUGGCGUACCGGACAGUAUACACCUGUAUUUAGAUAUGCAAAUACGCCUAACGAGGGCUACCGGACCAGUCAGGCAGACUUUUUCAACCAGUUCAUUAUGCCGUUGCAGGAUAAGACUAAGAUAUAUCCCAGUCCCUUCCCGUACUCCGAGUUUAAGGGAUACCGGGCCGCCACGUGGUCUCUCAUGGGUUUCGCUAUAUUACUGCUCAUCCUAUUGAUCGCCAUUUUAGCC